AAGAAAUGCAAACACAACCUUUUUAGAAGCGACUUCCACUUUCCCACAAAACUGAAAAGGAAGAAUUCAAACCCACCACCAAGCUUUGAAUUCCACAAAAUCGUGGGUCGUGACUCGUGAAUAUAGAUAUUGGGAAAAAAAAAACCUUAAUUAGAAGAAAUAUAAUCCAACCUUUAUUAUUUUCCAACCCGAAGGUGUGUUGGAAGAUUCGUGUUGGAAUUCAACGACUGCGCUUGCUUUUCUCUCGUUUUCAUGUUUUUGACACGUUUGAACUUUGAAGGCACACAGUGCGAGGAGUAUUUGUCUUUAUAAAAGCCAAGGGUAGCCACUGUGAUAGACCCAUAAUUCUUUUGUUUGCUUUUAUAGUCAGAACUUCAAUUAUAUUCAGCAACAAAUAACAUACCAUACAAGAACGACAAACUGAAGUGUGUGUAGCUCUAUGGGAUUAUCACUCUCCUUACUCCAAUCUGCGUGGGAAGAAAUUGUUAGACAUUUUCCCUUUUCUGAUUUGCCUCUCAGCAUCAGCUUUGCUUCCAAAGAUGGAACUUUGAUUUUAAGGGCAUCAAGCUUCAAGAGAAGAGAAUCAGAAAGUGCUAUUACUGUUUUGUCAAACGGGUCCAGAAGUUCGAACCGGUUGAGGGAUAACAGACCCCAACAUGUGAUCCUUGAAAGAAACUUUUCGUUUGUUCAAGAUGAGGAGAACAACAAAAUGGGUUGGGAUACUCUUGCAAGCAAAGGUGGUGAAUUGAAACAUAAACCAGUGCCUGUGCUUUCUCUGCCUCAAGCAGCGAUUUUCUCUCACUCUAGACCUGCCUCUGAGCUUGAUGCUGCAGCAACAAAGCUUCAAAAAGUUUACAAGAGUUACCGUACUCGAAGAAACCUUGCAGAUUGUGCAGUGGUUGUGGAAGAGCUAUGGUGGAAGGCAUUAGACUUUGCAGCUCUCAAACGGAGUUCUGUGUCAUUCUUUGAUGUUGAAAAACCAGAAACCGCCGCGUCACGGUGGGCAAGGGCAAGGACAAGAGUAGCUAAGGUCGGCAAAGGUUUAUCCAAAGAUGACAAAGCACAAAAACUAGCCCUGCAACAUUGGCUUGAAGCUAUUGACCCACGUCAUCGUUAUGGACACAAUUUGCACAUGUAUUAUGAUAUUUGGUUUGAAAGUCGAAGCACUCAACCAUUUUUCUACUGGUUGGAUGUUGGAGAUGGCAAAGAAAUAAAUCUUAAGAAAUGUCCAAGGAGCACUCUACAAAGCCAAUGCAUUAAAUAUCUUGGACCAAAAGAAAGAGAAGAAUACGAAGUAAUAGUUGAAAAUGGAAAGCUAGUUUACAAAAAGGAUGGUAGGCUUGUGGACACUGAUGAGAAAUCCAAAUGGAUAUUUGUUCUUAGCACCACAAGGGCCUUGUAUGUGGGGAGAAAACAAAAGGGUACGUUUCAACACUCAAGCUUUCUUUCUGGCGGUGCAACCACAGCAGCUGGCAGAUUAGUGGCCCAUCAAGGUGCCCUUGAGGCUAUUUGGCCAUAUAGUGGUCACUACCACCCCACAGAAGAGAACUUCAAAGAAUUUAUAAGCUUUCUUGAGGAGCACAAUGUAGACCUCACCAAUGUAAAGAGAUGUGCUAUAGAUGAUGAUAAUCCAUCACUUAUUGGGACUAAUUCAUUUACUGCCACUAAUGAAUCACAACAAGCUAUGGGCCCUACUCUAAAUUCUCACACAGGCCCAGCAAGUGCAAUCAAUGUCAAUGAUAGCAAGACGCACAAAAAGGAUGAUGCAGCAACAUUUAACUUGUCUAAGAGGUUGUCUUGUAAGUGGACCACUGGGGCUGGACCUCGUAUUGGGUGUGUCCGUGACUAUCCUGAACAUUUGCAAUCGAGGGCGUUGGAACAGGUCAAUUUGUCUCCAAGGCCCACUUCUGCACGCCUGAGCAAUUACGGCCCAAUUCCUUCACCCAGGCCCAGCCCGAAAGUGAGGAUGUCUCCCAGGAUUGCUUACAUGGGCUUGCCCAGUCCAAGAAACCCAAUUCCAGCUGCGAGUUAAAGAUGCAUCGCAGGGAAUUAGGAUUAAGGUUGACAAAAAUUGGUCAGCUUUACAAUGGUCAAAGUAUAGAGGGGCACUUAUUGGGGCGACAACUAGUAAAUGAUGAGAUCAUAAGACUAACCACAACUCUUCUCUCCUUUACCUUUUUUUUUUUGUUUAAAUUCAAAAUUCGUUUAUUUCAUUCUUUUUAGGAAUUUAUAUUUCGGGGCAAAUUGGACCCUUCACCAUUUUUCUGCCUCUUUCUUUUUUGAGAAUGCAGAAAUAUUCUUUUUUCUUCUUCUUUUUUGCUGUAAGCGGAGUUCAGAUUAUAAAACAUAAUAAUCUCAUAUUUUGUCCUUUAGUUUA